AUGCCGUCCCACAACAUGUACUUCAUCCUCGUCUUCUUCUUCUUCCUAAUUGUAACUACUGCGCAUGAACAUGCACUCAGGGGACGUGAUGCUCAUCUCCUUCUCUAUUUCAAGGCGUCCGCGGACCCCUGCAACGCCGUCUUGCGUAGCUGGGAGGGUCACGAUCCAUGCUCUGGCUCGUGGAUUGGCGUGACGUGCUACCGAAGCAGGGUCGUCGGCCUCCGCCUCGACCACGCAUCCCUUACGGGGAGCGUGACGCCUCUGUUCGGCCUCACGCGCCUUCGCGUCCUCAGCCUCAGAAGGAACAAUCUCACCGGCUCGCUGCCUCAUCUGACCACCCUGAACAAUCCGAGACUACGGCGUCUCUCCCUCUCCCACAAUAAACUACGUGGGACUCUGAACGUGUCGCUGCCUUCCUUAGUUUCCCUGAGGGUCGAACACAACCAAUUCUCCGGUGGGGUUGAGGGGUUGCGGCUGCCAAAUGUUAGUGACUUCAACGUAUCCAGCAACCAGCUGUCUGGGCAGGUCACUGAUCUCCUGUCGAAGUUCCCAGCUUCGGCUUUCGAAGGGAACCAAGGCCUUUGCGGCUCACCUCUUCCUGGCUGCGGUGAGGUUUCUCGCCUUUCAGAUGACACCACCGCCGUCAGCCCUUCUCCAGCUUCUUUACAGUCUGCCACUGACUCCUCAAGCCCUAGAUCUUCCACAAAAGUUGGUUUCACUGCCCUCUUAGCCAUUGGUAUAAGCGACCUGCUGGUGAUUGCGAUCGGCUUGGUCGUCAUCGUCGGAAUGUACCUUUGGUUGAGGAAGAAGCUCAUAACGUCUCUGAACGGCGCCGCUGCAAGCAUUCGGGAGCUCGAGCCUGAUCAACUGCAACGUGAAGAGAAGGAAAAGGACAGAAGCCUGAUUUGCUUUGAAGGAGGAGAAGAUCUCAGGUUGGACUGCCUCUUGAAGUCUUCUGCUGAGGUACUGGGCAAAGGACUUUCCGGGAGCACCUACAGGGCAGUGCUCGAGGACGGCAUAAUCGUCGCCGUCAAGCGGCUCAGCGCCGUGCAGUUCCCGUCCCAUUGCAAGGCCUUCGACCGGCAGAUGCAUCUCAUCGGGAGAGUGAGACAUCCCCGUGUCGUGAGCCUGAGAGCAUACUGUAACGCCCACGAGGAGAAGCUUCUCGUCUACGACUUCAUGCCCAACGGAAGCCUUCUCUCCCUCUUGCAGAGCAACAGUGAAGGAAGCGGAAGAACAUUGGACUGGAUUAGCAGGAAGCAGAUACUAAUGGGAGCGGCGGAAGGCAUCGCCUUCAUCCAUGCCUUCCCAGCGCGAUCCCCUCUGGUUCACGCCAACAUCAAGCCAUCAAAUAUUCUCAUCGACGAGCAGGGCAACGCAUGCAUAGCUGAAUGGGGCAUAAUGCGAUUCGCGUCCAACUUCCACCAAGCUAUGCCGCACUAUCCCUCAGGUUGUCUCUCUGACGGAGCAAUGUUCGCGGCGGGGACGACGACCAGGCUCGGGUACAGGGCGCCUGAGCUAGUGAACGGCAAGGAGCAACCUACCCAGGAAUCGGACGUCUAUAGCUUUGGGAUGGUGCUAUUGGAAGUGGUCACAGACAAAGAGAUCGAUGACGCUGAAAGCGAAGGGGAGGUGAUGGGAAUGGUAAAGAUCGGAAUGAUGUGCACUGCAGAGUGCCCGGAGGAGCGGCCCAAAGCGAAUCAAGUUGUGAGGAUGCUGAGUGACUUCCUGUAACAUCUUUUACUGAGUCAACGGAGUAGAUU